AUGUCUACGUCAAAUUUGCAGCCAAAUACACAAUCAAACACAAGCACCGUUCCAUAUAUCAAAACAAGUUUAAUUGAAGUGACAAACCGUUUACCUCACAAACCACCAUGUCGGGUAUUUUUUAAGAAUGAAAGCGAGCAACCUUCAGGUAGUUUCAAAUUGAGAGGAAUUGGUUACUUGGUGAAACAAUCUAUAGACAAGGCUAAAGCUGAGGGAGUAUCCUUGGCCAACAUUCAUGUGUUUGCAUCGAGUGGUGGAAAUGCUGGAUUAGCUGCUGCUUACCUGGCCCAAUUCUACAAUGUCAAAUGCACUGUUGUUAUUCCCACUAUUGCCAAACCUAUUAUACAACUGAAAUUGAAGGAGUAUGGCGCUAGAGUCAUUUUGUUUGGUAAUUCAAUCUAUGAAGCUGACAAUUACUUGAAAACGUUGAUUGAUUCAGCACCGGAUGGGAUCCAUUCCAUUUAUUGCCAUCCGUUUAAUAAUCCCGAAAUCUGGACUGGUCAUUCCUCAUUAGUGGACGAAGUUAAUCAGCAAUUGGGAUCCAAUAAGACCAACCUCAGGAGCAUGGUGUGUUCAUUUGGUGGAGGUGGACUAUACAAUGGGAUAUAUCAAGGUAUGGUAAACAACAAUAUACAAGGAGAUAUUUUAUUGAUUGAAACUGCACAGGCGCCAACUUUUAGGGAAUCAAUCAAGGCGAAAAGCAUAAUCACAUUGGAAAAUGUUAAUUCUUUAGCCACAUCAUUAGCCUGCUCAUAUACCACCCAGCAAUCACUAGACUACUUCCAUGAGAAACUGGCAGGAAUAGAUACAACUUUGGAAGUGAUUGACGACCUUGAUGCACUCCGUGCAUGUGUAGCUUACAAGAGAUGUUGCGGCAAGACAGUGGAGCCUGCGUGUGGAGCUGCUUUAUCCGUGUGUUACGAUAGAAUAGAUUUGUUAUACAAGAGCCUUUCACAUUUGCAGCAAGAUGAUAUUUUGGUGAUCGUUGUUUGUGGAGGUUCAUGUACCACCGACUCUGACUUGAAACAUUACGAAAUGGCAAUUAGGAAAGCAGAAUCAAGACUUUAG